AAGCGGAUGUUUUCUUUGUUGUUGAUACAUCCAGUAGUUUGAACACCGCUUCUAAUAUUAUAAAAGAAUUAGAUUUUGUGGGUGAUGUAAUUAAUGCGCUUGAUCUGGGUAAAGACCAGGUGCGGACCGGAAUGAUGACAUUUAACACCAAGGCCGAAAUAUUAUUCCAACUAGAUGACUUUAAAGCAAAGAAAGAAAUUGCCAAAAUUUUAUUUGAUAAAAAGAAUUUUAUGAGGUAUAAAUGGAAAGGUGGCAAUACUAAUCUUGGUAAAGCUUUAAGACUUUUAAUGGACAAAGGACUAUCUACGUCACAUGGUAGCCGUACUGACGUUCCACAAAUAGCCGUGAUUAUAACCGACGGAGAACCAAACGAUAGAUUUCACUUAGAGUUUGCCAAGGCUCUCACAGAAAUAAGAAAAACGGAUAUUAUUGUAUAUGCUAUAGGUGUUGGUCCAAGUCGUAGACCUGAGAACUUGAUAAAAAUUACAGGCGAUCCAAAUCGGGUAUUUGAGUUGAAAGAUUAUGACAGUCUUAGAGCAAUUAUAAACAAAUUAGUGGUUAAAUUGUGCGAUGAUGAACAAAACGAUGACGAAAAAGAGAAUCCAUGUAAUCCAGAAAAACCAUGUGAUGGAGCAAUGGCAGACGUCAUUUUUGUAGCAGACAGCUCAAGAAGCCUAGGAGAUAUAUCGUUUAAUAAAUUGAAACAGUUUGCGAAAGCUGUAGUGAAGAGAUUUACUGUCAGUCCUAUUGACAUACAAGUUGGUUUCAUAAAUUUUGGAAAUGAUCCCAACUUUGAAUUUAAGCUCAACAGUUACAGAGAUCAAGAUGAAGUUAUGAAGGCUAUCUCAAAGGUCCAAUAUUUAGACACCGCAGAGAGAAUGCAGCUUACAUAUACAGGCAAAGCAUUAAACCUGCUGAUACAAAAAGGAUUCUUACAUGAAAAUGGCGGGCGUGGUGGAAGAGUUCCAAAAAUUGCAAUUAUCAUUACGGACGGUGCACCAACAGACAUUGAUGUUACACACAGACUUGCAAAAAAAGCAAAACAACAAGGAAUGAUUAUAUUUGCCAUUGGUGUUGGUGAUUGGAUGAAACAAGAUGAGAUAGACUUAUUGGCAUCUGACCCAAAGACAACACAUGCGUUCCUGGUAGAAAACUAUGACGCUUUGUCAUUUAUUGAAGCCGCAUUAGCAAAGAAAACUUGCAUAGCUGCUCAUCAAAUGAUAUCGAUGGCACCAGAAUUUUUUAACUAGGAAUUGCAAGCAUUAACUAUAGAUCUGGUGACAACUGAACUGUUCAAUGGACUAAAAAACUUUAUACAUAUAUAAUCCUCUUUUGUAAUGAUAAUCAUUAAAGAUGAUGAAAGCAUUUUC